AUUGGUGAAACUCAUUUAAUUGACCUUUUAUGGUCCAAAAACAUCACAACUACUUUGUGCAAUGUCAACAAACAAAAAUAACCAGCGGAACAUUGUUAAAGUUGUUAAAUGUUACGUUUUGAGUAGUUAGGUGUAAAUAAUUCCACAAUAAUGUAUUAGUCAAACGUGACGCAUUUAUUUUGAAAUCACAGCGGAAGUUCUCGUUGAAGCUUUCCGGAAACGGAAGUUUGACAUAAUCGUCUGUGCGGGUCUUCGCUUAAAAAAAAAAGGGGAAAGAAACAGAUCCAACUGUCUGUGGGAGAGUUUCUCUUUGUAACUCGUUAAAACACGAAGUCACGUGACGACAGGAGGAUAAACGACCCAUAAUCCAAGAUGGCGGAGGAAAACAUCUUCUUCUUCGUUCCCAAUUUGAUCGGCUACGGGCGCAUUGCGUUGGCGCUGCUGGCCUUCGCCCUGAUGCCCUGCUGCCCGUGGACCGGCGUGUUCUGCUACCUGCUCAGCGCCCUGCUGGACGCCUUCGACGGCCACGCCGCGCGGGCACUCAACCAGUCCACGCGGUUCGGGGCCAUGAUGGACAUGCUGACGGACCGCUGUGCCACCAUGUGCCUGCUGGUCAACCUGUCGCUGGUCUACCCGUCGUACAGCUUCCUGUUCCAGCUCAGCAUGUGUGUGGACAUCGCCAGCCACUGGCUGCACCUGCACAGCUCAACAAUAACGGGAUCAACCAGCCACAAGAGCAUCGACCUCUCGGGCAACCCGAUCCUCCGAAUCUACUACACCUCCAAGCCGGUGCUGUUUGUGAUGUGUGCCGGGAACGAGCUCUUCUUCUGCCUCCUCUUCCUCCUGCAUCACAUCCAGGAACCUGCAGCGUGGCUCUACUGGCUGCAGGGCCUCUGUGGGCUGCUCUGCCUCCUGAAGACCGGCAUCAGCCUGGUCCACCUGGUCACCGCCUCCCAGAACAUGGCCGCCAUGGACGCCGCGGAGCGAGAGAAGAAGAGAGAGAAGACGGAGUGAGAGGGGAGGAGAGAAGGAGAGAGGGGGAGGGGAGAGGAGCUGUAAACACCAUGUUUUAAUGUUUUAUUGUGACGGGUUUGUGCACUUAAAUAGAGAGAAACAAGUUUAUGACCAAAUAUCUCAACUUUAUUAAAUUUAACGGACGAACCACAAAAAGGAAGAAAUGACGACGUUUAUAAAUAUAAAAUACAUAACGAGAUAUACGAGGAGGAGGAGGAGGAGGAGGAAGGAGGAAGAAGGAGGAGGAAGAAGCAGAGCGGUGGAGUAUGAACCUGGAAGCUGGAGCGGCCUCUAGUGGACGUUUGAGGAACUGCAGCCCGAGUUCAAGGAGAGGUUCUGAUUGGCCGCUCGGCGUGAAUCCUCCAUCGUUGACUUCUAGAUCUCAAACCUGUCGUUUCCACGAUGUCUUUGAACGCCUCGUCCCACUCUCAUCCCCUUUAGAUUCUGAUCACCACGAAGUCGUGUAAUAUUCACUCCGCGACAGAAAAAAGACAAAAGUGUUGAAGUGGCGUUAAUUCAGAGAUCAACCGAUUCAAGAGCAGAGACACACAUUGAAGUGGAUUCAUCUUCCAGUCACGCUUCAUAGAUCCGUGAAUAAACUUUAAUAUCGCCCGAUACGUUUAUCUGCACUGAGAAAUACUUCUGCAGCGUUUUUCUUUAAACAUUUAUUUUAAAGCCAAAUGUCAUCGACUCCCUGGCUGCUUGUUAAAAGUGAACAUUUGAUGGUUCACUCAUCGAUUAGUCAAGAAAAUACAAGAUGUAUUCAUCUAUCACAAAGUGAAGCUGCUUUUGGUGAAACGGCAGCUGCAAAAUGAAGGAUUACAUUUAUAUUAUGAAAUAGUAUUUAUUGGGAUGAACAGACCAAACAAGUGAAGACGCCAUCACGACUUUAAGUCCUUCUGAGACACAAUUAUUAUGGUUUGUAGAUUCCUGCGGGCUGAUUUGGCGUGGUCAUCGCUCACGAGGUAGAAACCAAAUAUCAUUUAAAGUUUGUGUUUCGUGCAGAAUGUGUGUCAAAGUGUUGGGAUAUAAAUAUGCGUCUUUGAUGGAAACUUAUUUCCCAGAAUGUAUUAUAAUAAUACAGUAAACAUGUUUAUUAACUGAUUGCAGCAAAGCAAGGUUAAUGUUAUAUUUCUAGAUUUAAAAAGUUGUUCAGUAAUUAUGAUAUUUGAUGAAUAUGUUGUUUGGAGUGCAGGUGGUUGAAAAUAAAGACGAGCACCAGAUUUA